CGUGACUGCUCCGCCCUGUAGUCAAGGCACUACAAGCUUUCUAUACUUCAUUCGUUCCCCACUUUUCCCCAUUCAAAGGUUUCGGCUCCCUAACUGCCUUCCCACACCAAGAACAAGAACAUUGCUAACAAAGACUUUUCCGGACUUCAACACCGGAUCAUGUGCCAAUGCCACGUAUUUCUAACCUAACCAUCCUAAGGGCCUACCAGCAGAAUCCACUCCUACCGUUAUUACUCCGAGAAUGUCGAUCGCAUGACUCUGCAAAGAAUGAACUUCGCUGGCUCCAGGAGAGGGCCAGUCGCUCGAUUUCGGCCAAACAGGUUGCGCGGUCUACGCUUGCCCCCUUGGGAUGGAGAAGGCUCCUUAGAUCAAUGUGCCAUGCUCGAUCGAAAGGAAUGCCCCUGCAGUAUAUCCUAGGCGAUCAGCCCUUCGGCGAGCUCGACAUUCUGUGUGAAAAGGGUGUACUGAUUCCAAGAGCAGAAACAGAGACAUUCACUAUACAAGCUGCCAAAUUGAUCUUGAACAACAUUCAGAGGCAUGGGCGUCGUGAAAUUGGUCAACAUCAACGUUCCUUCCGUAUAGUUGAUCUCUGUACAGGUAGUGGUUGCAUAGCGCUACUCCUACAUGCGCUCCUUGCCCCUCAUAUUGAUCAGCUUUCAAUACUCGGGGUUGAUCUUAGCCCUGCAGCUAUUGCACUAGCCAACAAGAACCUUACACACAAUGUUCAACAAGGUCUGCUUUCAAAUCGUGCUGCAACUGAGAUUUCUUUCCAGCGCGGUAACGUUCUCCCCCAUGACAGCAGUGGGCCCCCUCCGGCAAGGGAAGUGCUGUGCAAUUACCAAGGGCUUCCCUCUGAUAUGGAGCCAGAAUGUGACGUGCUCAUCUCAAACCCGCCAUAUAUAUCUCCUGAAUCAUUUCGAAAUGGUACUACCUCACGUAGUGUCCGGGUUUUUGAACCAAAGCUUGCACUGGUUCCUCCGCCCGGAGACUCUAUUAUUGGACCAACACUUGACAGACAGGAGGACCUUUUCUACUACCACAUUAUUUUGCUAUCGUUUCAGGUUCGUACAAAGCUUUUGGUGCUUGAGUGCGGCGACCACUCACAAGCUACGCGGGUAGCUGCUAUAGUCAAAACAUUGUCCAGAGGCUAUCGGCUGAAUGCCCUGUCCAUCGAGGUCUGGUCUAGUUCUGGCACAUUUAUUGGUGACGAAACACCCCCCGAGAAUGGGCCCUGUGCAGUUGUUGUGACAACCAUUCAAUAGAUGAUUAUAUUGGUGCUAUCUAUCUAGAAUUCUAAGUAUAGGAAAAAAAAAAAACUUUAGUGGCGGUGUCAAGACAUCUACUAAACUACUAUCUAGUAUGGAAGAAAUGUUAAGUGUUAACUAGAUAGGCAAGACAAGGACCAAAGGUUAAGACAGGCAGUAGAUACUAGAGACAGAAAAACUAAUU